CAUGGAUUUCUUGCCAAAGACAAGCACGAUGGCAUCGUCGCCGGAGGGGGCAGCGGUGGUGGACGCGUACAAGAAGGCGCUCGCCACGGCGGCCACGGUGAGCGCGUACGCCAUGCUGGCGCGCGGCAUGGCGCGGGAGCUCCUCCCCGACGAGCUGCGCGCCGCGGUGCGCUGGGCCGCUGCGUUCGUGCGCUCCCGUUACAGCGCUCCCGAGAAGCAGCGUCAUACCAUUGUCAUCCGGCGCGUGCUCGGCGGCCUCGGCCUCGGCGGCGGGUACAACGAGAACGACCUGUUCGACGCGGCGCUCACGUACCUGGCCACCAAGAUCAACCCGCAGAGCAUGAGCCGGCUCUGCCUCGCGCGCACCCGCAUGAAGGAGCCCGGCGGGAGCGCCAGCUGGAGCACGCUCCUGAGCAUGGAGAACGGGGGCUCCACCACCGACACCUUCCAGGGCGUUGAGUUCCGGUGGACGUCCAUCGAGAGCGGCGGCGACGACGGCAAGAGUAGGGCGCACGAGUCCCUCGAGCUCAGCUUCGACGCAGAGCACACGGAGACCGUGCUCCACAAGUACGUGCCCUUCAUCAUGUCCGCGGCGGAGGAUCUGCGGCUGCGAGACCGCGCGCUCAAGAUCUUUCUCAACGAGAGUUCGAGUUGGAGAGGCAUCAACCACCACCACCCGGCCACGUUCGACACGCUCGCCAUGGACCCGGCCAUGAAGCAGUCCGUCAUGGACGACCUCGACCGCUUCCUGAAGCGCAAGGAGUACUACCGGCGGAUCGGCAAGGCGUGGAAGCGCGGAUACCUUCUCUACGGCCCGCCCGGAACCGGCAAGUCCAGCCUGGUGGCCGCCAUGGCCAACUACCUCCGGUUCAACCUCUACGACCUUGAUCUCUCCUCGGUGUACGACAACUCGUGCCUGCAGAGGCUGCUCAUGGACAUGCCCAACAAGUCCAUCCUCGUCAUCGAGGACAUUGACUGCAGCUUCGACACCAUGUCCAGGGAAAAAGACGGCAAGCUACGCCAGGCGGCCGGCACCGACACCGACACCGACGAGGACGGCGACGAGUACGACCACGACGACGUCGGAGCAAGAGGUUACUUCCAGGGGCGUGAGCGCCACAAGAUGACACUGUCGGGCCUGCUCAACGUCAUCGACGGCUUGUGGUCAACCACCGGCGAGGAGCGCGUCAUCGUCUUCACCACCAACUACAAGGACCGCCUCGACCGGGCGCUGCUACGGCCGGGCCGCAUGGACAUGCACGUCUACAUGGGACACUGUGGCUGGGAGGCCUUCAGGACGCUCGCCCGGAACUACCACCUCCUCGACGACCACGCUCUCUUCCCGGAGAUUCAAGAACUUCUUGCGGCCGUGGAGGUUACACCCGCGGAGGUGUCCGAGAUGCUGCUGCGGAGCGAGGACGUCGACGUUGCGCUGCGUGUGCUUAUGGAAUUCAUCAAAGCAAGGAGAAGCAAAACAAACGACAAGCACAACGACGGCAUAACUAACUAGAUAGCAGAUACACCUACCUAGUUGCCUGUGUGUGUUGCAACCGGUCAUACUCCAUAAUAAUUUUAGUGUUUCCAUAUCAAUCGUGUCAGUACACCCACUAUAUCUAUUUGUAGAUUUUGGUAAGGUUUGAUUUUAUUCUACAUAGGAAAAGACAAUGAAAAUUUUGCUUUAGCUGAGGUUUGGUAAGAUUUGAUUUUAUUUGAAUAUGAAAUAUGAAUAGGGGGAG